CCUGCGUAAUUGCACAGGCAACGUGCAAGGCGUUCAAAGCGAGCGGCGAGGAGGCCACGGUCGGGCACCGCGUGUCGCGCAGGCGCGAAGGGAGGGGCGCCGGAGCCGCUGUCAUGGCCUGCGUCAACCCCGUGCCUAAACUCUACAGAUCUGUAAUUGAAGAUGUAAUUGAAGGAGUGCGGGAUCUAUUUGCUGAAGAAGGUAUAGAGGAACAAGUUUUAAAAGACUUGAAGCAGCUCUGGGAAACAAAGGUUUUGCAGUCUAAAGCAACGGAAGACUUCUUCAGAAAUAGCAUCCAUUCACCUUUGUUCACCCUUCAGUUGCCAAACAGCUUGCACCAAACAUUGCAGUCAUCAACAGCAUCAUUAGUUAUUCCUGCUGGUAGACCUCUUCCCAGUUUUACUACAGCAGAACUGAGCACCUCAAACUCUAGUGCAAGCUUCACUUUUCCUGGUUAUCCUAUUCAUGUACCAGCAGGUGUGACACUACAGACUGCAUCUGGUCACCUUUAUAAAGUCAAUGUACCAAUUAUGGUGACACAGACUUCUGGAAGAGCAAGUAUUCUCCAUCCAAUUCAGCAAGUAUUUCAGCAGCUUGGGCAGCCUUCAGUAAUCCAGAGCAGUGUUCCACAACUGAACCCACGUUCUCUCCACGCGACUGCUGAAAAACCAAAGAGAAUAGAAACUGUGCUCCAGCAACCCACAAUUCUUCAUUCUGGGACAGUGGAUAGGAAACAUUUAGAAAAUGCCACCAGUGAUAUACUUGCACCUCCUGGAAAUGAGCAUGAAAUCAUGUCUGAAGCUUUGUUGAGUCAGCCGGAAAGCUCUCAGUAUAUCCGUCUUCCGGGUGUUGUGUUUCCUCCACAGGUCUCUCAGACACACGUGCAUGGGGAGCCAGUGCUUGGUGUUGCAGGCAGCAUGACUCAGAAUCUGAAUGGUGGGCCCCUCUCCACUGGCCGACAGGGGGCCCAGCACCAGCACAUGUCUGAUAUUCAGCUUCGUGUUCUUAAAAAUAGGAUGUUUGGAUGUGGUUCUGUAAAGCAGCCAAGAAAUACAGAGGAGCCCAGCAGCCUACCUGUCUCAGAGAAGGAUUCUAAUUCUCAGAUGGAUUUAAGCAUUCAGGUAAUGGAUGAUGAUAUUAAUGAAAUAAUUCAAAUAGAUGGAACUGGUGAUACAUCUUCCAAUGAUGAAAUAGGAAGUACAAGAGAUGUAGAAGAGAAUGAAUUUCUAGGGAUUAUUGAUGCAGGAGACCUAAAGGUACUUGAAGAAGAAGCUGACAGUAUAUCAAACGAAGAUUCAACUGCCAACAGUAGUGAUAAUGAAGAUCCUCAAAUAGACGUUGUAGAAGAGGACCCUUUAAAUUCUGGAGAUGAUGUUAGUGAGCAGGAUGUGCCAGACCUGUUUGACACGGAUAAUGUAAUCGUAUGCCAGUAUGACAAGGGUGCUCCACAGGAUCCUUCACUUACAGAAGGGCCCAUUCAGCUGAGAACAAGUGCCAAGCAAAUGACUAAUCACUCCCCCUCCAGAUGAAGGGCUGAGAGUGAGGAGGGGGAUGGAAGUCCAAUGCCCCCUGGGCCCACUAGGAAAGAUGAAUCUGCAAUCCUCAUUAACUUCAGAUGUGGGGCAAUUAUGCCCUGCUGGUAGGCACUAUUCUUCUUAAAAUCAUAACUAACAUAAGUUAAUGGCCCCAUAAUAAAAAUACUGUGCAGCUGUCAUGUGCACAUGCUGAAAUGUGAUGUGUGAAAGGAAUC